AUGCGUUUCGCUGCUGCCGCCGCCGUUCUGGCCACCUCGGUCCUCGCCAACAAGGAGGUCGUUGUUGAGCCCACCAGCACCGCCUUCAUCACCGAGCACGUCACCGUCACCCAGUGCCCCGAGACCGUCACUGACUGCCCGGCCCGCUCCAAGACCACCUCGGUCAUCACCAACACUGUGCCCAUGACCACCAGCACCGUCUACAGCACCAAGGUCCACACCAUCACCAGCUGCGCCGCCACCGUCACCAACUGCCCUGCCCACAGCACCGUCGUCAGCACCGAGACCAUCUCCGUCUCCACCACCGUCUGCCCUGUCGGCCCUGCCACCCAGACCCCCGGUGUCUGGAGCAACUCGACUGUCCCGGCCGGCGGCAAGCCUACCGGCGGCAAGCCCACCACCCUCCCCGGUGGUGAGCAGCCUACCGGUGCUCCCCAGCCUCCCAAGUCUGUCAGCACCCAGGCUCCCGCUUGCCCUACCCACUCCGUCACUGCCAUCACCAAGAGCUACACUACCGUUCUCACCUCGGUUGAGUACUCUACCAUUGCUGUUCCCUGCCCUACCGAGGGUAAGCCCGUUGGCCCUACCGGUGUUAAGACCCCUGCUCCCCCCUCGGGCACUGGUGCUCCCCAGCCCCCUGCUGGUGGCAACAACACCUGCACUGGCCCCAACUGCCCUCCCAAGAACCCCGUCACCGCUGGUGCCGCUAGCCUUGCCGGCUCUGCCAUCUUUGCCGCUGCUGCCGGUCUUGCUGCUUUCGUCCUUGCUUAA